AUGUCUAAGGCGCAACAGCUCAAGGAUGAAGGGAACAGCCGUUUCAAGGUCGGGGACUACUUUGGCGCCGACAGCCUCUACUCCAAAGCCAUCAUCGCCGACCCCAAAAACCCACUGCUCUACACUAAUCGCGCCAUGGCCCGUCUUAAGCUUGAGUUAUGGGACUCAGUGGUCGCCGACUGCGAAGCUUGUGUGCAGCUAGCGCCUAACAACAUGAAGGCCCGGUACUACCUUGCGCAAGCACAGAUCGCUCUUCGUGAUUAUGACGCUGCGGUCAAGAGCGCUCUGCAUGCGCACAAGCUGUGCGUUGAAACGGGAGACCGUUCACUUGCUGCUGUGACGGAUCUCGUUCUUCGCUGCAAGAAAGAGCGCUGGGAUGAUCUCGAGAAAAAGCGUGUUCGCGAAUCACGGGAUCUUGAAAGGGAGAUACUUGAAUUAUUGGCCAAGGACAAAGAGGCUAUGCUGGCAGAGACUGAUGAUGAUGCCAUGGUGAGGCAAGAAAUCGAGGAGGAGAGCGCUGCCAAGAUUCAGCGGAUGAGGGAGAUCUUUGAGAGAGCAAGGGCAGAUGGUGAGAAGAAGAGAGAGGUUCCAGACUGGGCCAUUGACGAUAUCAGCUUUGGUUUCAUGGUCGAUCCCGUCAUGACCAAGACUGGAAAGUCAUACGAGCGCGCGUCGAUCAUGGAGCACCUGAAUAGGCAUCAUAGUGACCCUCUCACGCGCGAGCCACUUGUCCCUGCUGAGCUACGGCCAAACCUUGCACUGAAGCAAGCCUGCGAGGAGUUCCUCGAGCACAACGGUUGGGCUGCUGAUUGGUAG